UGAUUAUUGACAAAUGACUGAAUUGACGUGACAUUUUAACUGUCUAAAAUAUUGGGCUAGCCUAGCAAGCACGUUUUUUGCAUUUACCGGUUUGUUAAAGAAUAUCUUCCUAGGAAAAUGAAUAAUAUAUUUAAAGUUGCCACUCGAUUUAAUGGCUUGAGAUCAUUAAUCAACCCAGUUAAAAAUAUAUCGGCUUCUUGUGCAAACCCACAUGGACAAAGGGCACGGAGCUUGUGGUGUAUGAGCAAAUCUUACAGUAACAAAAUCGGAGGUAUCGAACACUCUCAGCUAUGCAGUUGUGGCUGUGGUAACAAACGUCUCGCCCACAGCAAAGGUGAAAGCGAACUGGUGCAGUUUUUAACAGAGGAAGUAUUGGCGGAAAGGAAAGCUCAAAAAAUUAAAACUAUUCCAUCAGAAUUGGAUGGAUUUAAGGCGAGUUUAAAUGGAGCUGAAGUAACCUUGACAAAAAAUACUGAAGGCGAAUGCAUCAAAAUUACAUUCAAUGUGAAUCAUACAGUGGAUACAGAUCCUGAUGAAGAACCUAAGUUGCAUGAAAAUAUGGAUAAACCAGACAUAGGAGAAUUGAAAUCAAAGCCAGCAUUCAAAGUAGAACUUAUAAGAGGCGAUACUACUGUGAGUUUGCUCUGUUCCUUCAUGAAUCCCAAUGACCAAGAUGAAGGUUACAAUGAUGUUUUUGGUAUUGAUGAAAUUAGUAUUUAUAAUGGAGAAUGGAAUGAAAAUGUCUAUGCUGUAUCAGGAGAAGUUGUAGAUUCAUAUCUUUAUGAUCUUAUGUUGAAUUAUCUGGAGGAAAAGGGAAUCUCUAACGAAUUUGUAGAAAAAUUGUCGGACUACAGCACAGCGUACGAACAUACCGCUUAUAUAGGUCUCCUGGAGGGACUGUCAAAGUUUGUUUCUGGAAAAUAGAAGUUACACAAUGUAUUAUUUAAGUCUCAACUGUUUUUUUAUUAUUAUUUUGAAGAUUCCAAUAAAGUACUGAAGUAAACUUAGUUUCCAAUU